ACUUCCGGGGGUCGCGCGUCCCGCUCUCCUGCCAGGGCUCUGGGCUCCGGCGUCAGCUCCGCGGCCGCCUCCCUCCCACCGGCUCGGCGGGACCGAGGGGACCGAGCCGAGCCGCGGGGCCCGCUCCGGCCCGGCCAUGAGCGCGGCCGCAUGAUGCUUCCCUGCCUCGGCUGCUGCAGUCGCCGCCGCCGCCGCCGCCGCCCGGGAGGAGCCGCAGCGCCGGGCGACCCCGCCCGGGCCUCGGAUCCUAUCACAUAGGACAGUAUGCACCUUAAGAUCCUGAAGAAAAGGCACAAAAUGUUCAAGUGAUGUUUAGAAAUAAUUUGUGAGGGUGUGUCGGGGAAAUCAUGCAGCCAUCAGGACACAGGCUCCGGGACGUUGAGCAUCAUCCUCUCCUGACUGAAAACGACAAUUAUGACUCUUCAUCGUCCUCUUCCUCCGAGGCUGACCUGGCAGACAGGGUCUGGUUCAUCCGUGACGGCUGUGGCAUGAUCUGCGCCGUCAUGACGUGGCUUCUGGUCGUCUAUGCAGACUUUGUGGUGACGUUUGUCAUGCUGCUGCCUUCCAAAGACUUCUGGUACUCCGUGGUCAACGGGGUCAUCUUCAACUGCCUGGCCGUGCUCGCCCUGUCGUCCCACCUGAGAACCAUGCUCACCGACCCCGGGGCUGUGCCCAAAGGAAAUGCCACGAAGGAAUACAUGGAGAGCUUGCAGCUGAAGCCGGGGGAGGUGAUCUACAAGUGUCCCAAGUGCUGCUGCAUCAAGCCGGAGCGUGCCCACCACUGCAGUAUUUGCAAGAGAUGUAUUCGGAAGAUGGAUCACCACUGCCCGUGGGUGAACAACUGUGUAGGAGAAAAGAAUCAGAGAUUUUUUGUGCUCUUCACUAUGUACAUAGCUCUGUCUUCAGUCCACGCUCUGAUUCUCUGUGGAUUUCAGUUCAUUUCCUGCGUCCGAGGGCAGUGGACUGAAUGCAGUGACUUUUCACCUCCAAUAACUGUAAUCCUGUUGAUCUUCCUGUGCCUUGAGGGUCUUCUGUUUUUCACUUUCACCGCAGUCAUGUUUGGCACCCAGAUCCACUCCAUAUGCAAUGACGAGACGGAGAUUGAGAGACUGAAGAGUGAGAAGCCCACGUGGGAGCGGAGGCUUCGGUGGGAAGGGAUGAAGUCUGUCUUUGGGGGGCCCCCUUCGCUCCUCUGGAUGAACCCCUUCGUUGGCUUCCGAUUUAGGCGCCUGCCAGUGAGACCCAGAAAAGGAGGCCCGGAGUUCUCUGUGUGAGCCCCCAUCAGGCUGCACUUCUGAUGGACUUUGAGUUACUUACUUGGGGUCUGAAAGGGCGUCAGCAGCUCAUCUGUGACCAGCAGGCGAGUGGAACCUGGCAGCAAGCAGAGUUCCACAUACGUACAGUCACAGGUUCUGCUGUGCUCAGUGUUCACCCGUACCGCUCACGAAAGGUGUGUGGCCACGUGACGAGGCCAAAUGUCAUUACCUUGCUGCACAGUUCGGAUUUUUGUUAAGAAUACUUUGCAUUUUCGAAGAAGCUGUUUGGGAUAUUACAUGGGUUAUUAAAAUCCUGUGUUAUAAGCUGCUUUUUUCAAUCAUGAAGAAAAAAAAAAGUCAAUCCAGUGAACAAGAACUCUCCGACCGGUCCCUCCAGGGAGUUCCUGUCGACCCUGAUCCGUUAGUGUCCUCCCGCGGUCCCAGCAGGGGCGUCUGCACAGAAAGACAUUUUGGUCUCGAUUAGCUCUGACACUUUGCACUGAAGUUGCAAAAGAUCUGUGCACUGAACAGUGAGGUGGCUUCCGGCACACUCCGCCUGCCCGGAAGAGGCAUCCUCUGACCCUUUCAGCGAGUCUGUCUGUGUGCGUGUCUGUGCGUGUGUGGGCCGUGUGCAUGUGUGUCUAACUGGCAGUGUUGUUUAGACGAUGUGACACGUAUCGGCUGUGUACAGCAAACAAGCUAUUUUUUAGAAGCCGAGUUUCAGGGAAGAGGGAGAGCUGCCGCGGGGCCUCCCCGCGGGGUUACUAUGAAUGUAUCGCAUAUUGGGAGUAUCUCGAUCCAAAGAGCAAUCAUUCCUGUGCGCGCCUUUGUUGCCCUCCUGUUUUAAUUUUAUUUUUAAAAUCUUGGGUGCAUUAGGGCCUUGGAACUGAUUUUUUUGGUUGUUGUUCCAGCCAAAUUAGCAGUGUGUAAAUGGCACCUCGGUAAGAGAAGAGCAGAGUCUCACGGUGGCCUAAUACACGGUGCAGCUUGGUGCUGCUGGCGGGUGUGGGGCGGGCGGGCACGCCAGCCUGGCGGUGCAGGAGAGGUGGGCGUUGGCUGGGAAGGCGAGGGGACCACAAGGCAGCCAGCCCCCAGCAGGGGUGACUGUACACGCCUGGUCGCAGGCAACGCUGACGCCAAGCAGUCAGGAUGGCGGCGGCCUGCGGGAUCCUGAGUCAGCGUUUGUGUCUCCACCCACAGCCCAAGUGGGGAAACAGGAUCCUUGGUGCGGAGCUUAAAAUUAUGCCAGAAAGCAAACAGCUCCCCGCCUUGGGGACUUGCCUUAAACUUGCCUGGUUUGUACAUUUUUUGCCAGUCGCAUCAAGAAACAAUCUGUGACAAAAUCUGAGGGUCUUCCUUGAAGAAAGUGGGUGUUUCCCCCCUGGGAGCUUCUUGCCUUGUGUUCACCUGCCAGCUGCCCUGUUCCGUGUCGGGCACUCUGGGCCCUGCCUCCGUCAGGGCUCUGCCACCGCCCAUGCACAGCCGCAAAGGGACCUGCGUCUGGCCAAGGGAACAAACCUGCAGGAUGCUCUAACAGGGAUGGAGUCACUGCAGGGGACGAACUGUGUCACAGCCAGAGGAACAAAACACGUUGCGGGUGAUCCAGGAGUUUCCAGAGAUUGUUUUGCAUAUUCAUUUGCACAUCUGUUGUCUGGGUUGGACGUGUGUAUUGGGCUUCAAUGUGAGGCUUUUAAUAUGUAUAUCCUGUUUAUCAAUAAAAAUUAUUGAAGUGGUUGAAUCCUGUGAGACUUGGCAAGUGUGUGAAAUCAAGUAUACUUGACUUUUCAACCUCUUCUUUCAAUGUAACUUUUAUAUGAAAUAAAGUAACCAGUUGACAGUUCUCAAA